UAGAACAUUUAUGAUAGUGAAUUAUUUAAUGAUGGAGUCGGCAAUGCAGGAUAGUCACAAGUCUUUUCUUAUUAAAGACCUUCUUGGAGAUGUUCUUAGACCAGGAGUAGGUCUUCCAGGUAAAGCACAAGAUGAUGAAGAAGGUACUAGUCGGUGUGAUUCAGUGACCCAACAUCUCGAAAAUUCCGAAGAUGACAUCUCGGUUGGUGACAAUCGUUCCGAAACAUCAACACCAAAGAUACCGUAUCCAUAUGAAAAUGAUAGAAAAACAGAAAAGAGGAAAAUUGACGAAGACUUUAACCAAAACGAGUACAAUGGUAAUAGAUUACCAAAUUCAAAUUUCAACUCACCGUUCAAAGAGGAUGACAAUGAUUAUGACAGAGAGGAGUCAGUUAAAAUGUACGAUACCUCUUUGUUUCACUUGUACAGACCAGAGAGAAAAGAGGAAGGUGAAGGGUUUGGAAUGAGCGGCUCUAUGUCUGAUAGUAUUUAUGCUCGGUCCAUGGAUCUUACCAAGAAUACCUUUCAGUCACAAUUGCUGGUUGGUUUUGCUGCUUCUGUGAUGGCUGGAGGCGCGCAGAAUGAGGGUCAGGAAGGAGCAGACCGGCAGCCCUCAAGCCGCACCGCCAGCACGGGCCGCAAGCCGCGGCGGCGGCGAACGGCGUUCACUCACGCACAACUAGCUUAUUUGGAACGCAAAUUUAGGUGCCAGAAGUACUUGAGCGUGGCUGAUAGAGGCGAUGUGGCAGAUGCUCUGAAUCUCAGCGAGACGCAAGUUAAGACUUGGUAUCAGAAUAGACGAACAAAAUGGAAACGCCAGAACCAACUGCGCCUGGAGCAGCUACGUGCGCAGGCCGCGAGCGGCGAGCGUGAACUGUCACAUUCCCUGCCCCUCGCGUGUGCGCUCCUCCCCCCUUACCCCGCGUACAUGCAUUGCCAUUUGUAAAAAUACCCGUAAAAACUAAUAAAAAUCUUUUUAUUGUUAUAAGGAAACAGAUAAUGUGAAAGACGCAUCAUAUUAUGUAUAUUUUAAA